GUCGCCGCUGAGGCCUCAGAGUCUCGCGAUAUUUGCGUUCGCCAGCGGGCGCGAAUCUGUACGUGUUUCUAGCGGGCGGUGUUUUGUCUCCUUGUUGCUGAUUCCUCUCAGAUUCCCGGAACCUCCGGGCCCAGCAGCAUGACGUCUGCCUUGGAGAACUACAUCAACCGAACUGUUGCAGUAAUAACUUCUGAUGGCAGAAUGAUCGUGGGAACCCUGAAAGGUUUUGACCAGACCAUUAACUUGAUUCUUGAUGAAAGCCAUGAGCGGGUGUUCAGCUCUUCUCAGGGAGUAGAACAAGUGGUAUUGGGGUUAUACAUUGUGAGAGGAGAUAAUGUAGCAGUCAUUGGGGAAAUAGACGAAGAGACAGAUUCUGCACUCGACUUGGGGAACAUCCGAGCAGAACCCCUGAACUCCGUCGCACACUGAGAACUUAGUGUGCAGGGGAUGUCUGUAAAUCCUGUACAGAGACUUCGUAUGCUGAGAGGGAUGUCUAGAUUUUUUUAUGAGUGUGUAAUUGUGGAUAUUUGACUUCAUGUUGGUACACUGUAAUAUGUAAUUUAAAUAUUUCUACCUUUUUAUCGGGAAACAUUGCCUAAAUUAAUGUGGUUGCUUGGUUUAUUUUUCUAUCAAAUGAAACAAAAAUGUAAGGGACAUUUUGGAAAGUUACAAAGUACCACUCUUUUUGGUAAUGUAAUAUUUAUAGGAAAUUGGCUGUAAAGAGAACUUAGACUGUUAUUGUAACUUAGACAUGCAACUAACAGUAAUAAAAGACACGUUUCUUUUUGUGGC